AUGGGGUCCAGGUCGCCCACCAGGUUCCUCAACAGCGUGACCCGGCCCGUUGCUGUGCUCGACUUCAAGGAGUCCCUGGACGCGAUAUGCCGUCCCCAAUUCCCGGCCGCCAGCUGGGCCCAGCGCCGGGUGCCCGUCCUGGCCAUCAGCGGCGGCGUCGACUCCAUGGCCCUGGCCUUUCUCUUCUCCGAGCUCCAAAAGACCUUUCCCGGUCUGCAGCUGGGCAGCUACCCCACGCACCCCGCCUGCGCCGUCACCGUCGACCACAGCCUCCGACCCGAGAGCGCGGACGAGGCAAGAGAGGUGGCGCGCACCGUGCGGGGGAUGGGCAGCAUCAAGUCCAUGGUGCGUGCCAUCCGGUGGAGGGAUCUUCGGAGGCGAGGGAUCGACCCGGCCACUCUGCCCAACAUCGAGAGCCUGUCGCGCCGUCUGCGCUACCGGUGGCUGGGCCUGACGUGCCGGGCGCUCAAGAGCCCGUUCCUAUUCACCGCGCACCACGAGGACGACCAGUACGAGACGCUGCUGAUGCGCCUGCUCGCAGGUCACGGCUACCGCGGUCUCCAGGGCAUCCGCUCCGCAAACGACAUGCCCGAGACGGACGGUAUCUACGGCGUCCAUAAGAGCGGCCUGCUGGUCGACCAGAAGAGUCCGCAGCCGCUGGUCAACUUCCGUCCCACGGUGCGCGAGACCAAGAAGCUCCGCCACAUCUUCACGGACGACAAGGACGCCGGCGGCGGCGACGUCAUGCUCGACUGGGACUCCCUGGACGGCAUCCACUUCCACCCGCAGACCCCCCCCGCCAACGAGCCGCUGCUGCCCUACCUCACGCCCCUGAGCACCGAGGAUGGUGGCGUCCAAGUCUACCGGCCGCUCCUGGGCUUCGGCAAGGACCGCCUGCGCGCCACCUGCGAGGCCAACGGCAUCCCAUGGUUCGAGGACAGCACCAAUCAGGACGAGACCAUGACGCGCAGGAACGCCGUCCGCCACCUGGUCGGGAACUACACCCUGCCCCGGGCCCUGCAGAAGCCCGCCGUCCUCGCCAUGUGCCAUCGGUCCCAGAGGCGUCGGCGUCUCGAGGAAGCCGAGGCCCGGCGUCUGCUGGUGCGUGCCGCCGUGGCCAGGGACUUUGACUCGUGCGCCGGCACCCUCAUCAUCGACCCCCCGACACUCGGCGCCCGAGACAUCGGCAGCGGCAGACCCAGGCGGCUGCACGACGAUGCGCGGAGGGAAGCACGCAGGCCGCACCAGCGGCUCAUCGCCGCCCUGGCAACCCGCCACCUCAUGAGCUUCGUCACCCCCGAGAAGAGUCUACCGGCCCCAUCGACGGUAGGCACCGUGGUAGACCGUCUAUUUCCGGACCUAGCCCCCGAACCGCCAACAGGCGCCCCGGCCGCCUUCUCCUUCUCAGGCGUGCUCUUCGACCCCAUCGUCAGACCAGGCACGCCGACGAAAUGGCUCCUAUCCCGCGCACCCUACAGGUCCAGCCUCCCAGCGCCGGACUUCUCCGUCGACUGGCGGGACUGCAGCACCCCGCCGCCCACGGACGAGGAAUCGACGUCGGGCCUCCUGGACACGUGGGCCGAGAAGUCCCACGGCUGGCGCCGCCUGGUCCACCCCAAGAUGUGGGACGGCCGGUACUGGAUCUCCCUCGCCAGCUGCGUAUCCGAGCGCUUCCAUGUGCGCCCCUACCGGGCCGACCGCGCGCGCGAGUUCCGCGCCUCCCUGCCGCCCAAGACGCGCGCCCGCCUGGAGGACCUGCUGAAGCACUACGCCCCCGGCAAGGUGCGCACCACGCUGCCGGCGCUGUACAGGGCCGACACCGGGUCGGGCGACGAGAGGGAGAGGGUGAGGGAUGAGCACCUCGAGAUGCUGGCCCUGCCGUCGCUGGGCAUACGGCUCGACGGACUGGACCGAUGGGUCAAGUACGAGAUCAGCUACAAGAAGGUCGAUGCUACGCUGCUGGGCGGUGGCAGGGGCACGUCUUCGCGUGGUCCGCUUGUCGGAUACCGGGGGACUGUGGGACUGUCCAGGCGGAGGAGGUUGCAGAGGAUGCGGCAUCCUUGA